AGAAUGGCGGUCUGUUAUGCAAUUUAUUAAGUUUUUAUUGAAAUAUUCAUCUGGUUCCUUGUCCAAGAGAAUAUGUUUUGAUUGCAAUGAUUUAGAUAAAGAAGACAAUUUGAUUUUCAGUGAUGACUUAGAUCUAAAUGAAAUGAGAAAUAAUCGCCAUAGUUUUGCACACUGAAAAUGGGUCGCUUUUGAAUAAUGAACAUUCUGAUCAUUCUGAUUCAACUAAAACAAAUGCAGUACUAAAAUAGUUGAAAUGCCCAUACAGGUCUUUUAUGUACUUUGCUAGAGCAUUUUUCUGAUAGAACGUCAGGGAUGUAAUUUGUGUUCCAAAAAAUAAAUAUUUUAAAAGCAUAUACAAAAAUGUAGAUACCUAUUGUUAUUCAACUGUACUUGGGAAGGACUGGAGAGAUAUUGCCUCUAGACCUGUAAACGAUUUGACAGCCAGUUGGCGAGCAUAAACCAUUUCACAUUUGCUCGUGUGAGGCAUUACAAUUGGUAAGCAAUUAAUUGUUAAAGCAUCCUUUGAAACAUAGGAACUCAUUUUGGUACAUACAUACUUCAUACAUAUGUAUUUCAUGCAUGCAUGUUGGAUUAUUCAUAGGUGUCUGAUAAUGAAAUAAUGUAAAUAUAAAUAAUACAAAUAACAAAGUGUUGGCUCAAUUUAAUAAUAAAAGGAGAAACAGUAAAGGUGCAAGAGCUGAGCUAUGUGGUUUACAUCUUUGGUAUUAACUGUUGUAGUCUUGCUCCAUACAUCUCUUGGUCAAGAGUGUGGGACGUAUGUCAGGGUGUCUGACCAGAAGUACGUCUGUCUGACCAAUCCAUAUGAACUAUAUUACUGUGGGGCUGGACGCGCCAUACCUUCCUGGUACAGCAAUGGUCCUUCGAACCCGUGUGUAUGUAGGGUUGUCCCGCUGCCGAUAUUACGCACCAUUUGCCCAUAUCCCCCUGGCGAGGUACCAGAAACUACGGAACCAACAGCUCAACCUCCGUUCCUCGUACCAGCCCUGGGAACAAUAGGUGAUUUAGGAUGUCCCGAUCCGUUUUCCAGUUACAAAAAUGUAAAGCGCCAACUGAGUACACGCCACAGCCUACCACUGACAGGGUACCUAGGCUUCCUCACCCCCGAGGACGAGUGUAAGUUCCACUGUCUCUCGGUGGGAACAUGUGCCGCGGCGAUGUACGACAGGGCCAAACAAGUAUGUCUAGGAUUCACCUCACAAGCAAAGCAAGACGAGAAGCGAUCAGACGUUUGCUGCGAGUACUGGGAAAAACAAUGUUGUACCGCUGAUUUUGAAAUCCCUAAGGCUGGUUCUGGUGGGAGCCGUAAACCUGGAGGUGAAUCAACGACUACUGUGUCAUCUCAAGGAGCUCAGCUGCCUAAUACACCCGGAGCACAAAUCGCAGGAACGCCUGGAGCACAAUUCCCUGGAACUCCAAGGGCGCAACUUCCAGGUACGCCAGGAGCCCAACUUCCAGGUACGCCAGGAGCACAAUUUCAAGGUUCACCGAGAGCCAAGCAAUCGGAUACUUCGGGAGCAGCACGUCUAUUUCCUACAGGACCUCCACUAACAAGAACGAAACCUACUACAGGCGUUCAACCAAGAACAACCCCGCGUCCUGUUUUGGGUAUAGCAGCAUUCUCAUCAGGUCUCCUGCUACAAGGCUAUUCCCAGAGUGGGGGGAGAUUGUUCAACAACAUUGCCCCUAUGACGGGUGAAAUGUGCCUCGACGCCUGUAAAAACAGCAUUGACUGUGAGGCCGUAGACUAUCAGCAAACCUUCCAAGAGUGUUGGAUACACGAGAAAACAUCAUGCACAUCACAUGGUCCUUCCCAGGAAAAGUCCACUAUACAUUGGAAGCGGCUCAUAACAUUCUGUCCAUAACAUUUUUGUCAUUUUCGCACAUACCCUUGGGUUAUAAAACGAUGGCAAACAGUUUAGAAUUGUCGAAGUAAUAUGUUUGUAAUUGAAACUUCGAGCUUGUAGUACUUGUGUUAAGUACUUUAAAAUCGGGACCAAGAUUUAUAAGUGCGGUGACGUCUAUAACAAAUGGCAGGUGGUGACAUUUUGCAUGUUGGUGCCUUGUCUAUAAAUACGAUUAUCAUUUUUGUUGGAAGAAUUUACACAUUUUCCCCUCAUUUUGGCACUUCGAAUCUUUAAUAACUCCACCAAUUUAUAACAUAUCGUGGAUCUUUUGGAAGCUAUCAAA